AGGUAUCGUCAGUGCAAUUGUUUUGAGGUGCUAAGACGUCAAUUGAUUGACUUGUCCACACAAUCAAUUUAGCAACAUUCUCUGAUUCGGUUUAACAAUACUUAGCACGGCAAGUAGAAGCAAACAGUGAGCGAAAACAAACAAUAAAAUGAGGGCAAACAAGUCAGGUUUUGCAAACAAUACACUUACAAUCUUGAACGACUAAAACUUUACCCGCAUCUUGGGCAAACCAUGGAGGAACCGAAAAGUGUAUCCACAGCGGAGCUUCCCAGCACAUCAACCGGGGCAUCGUCGUCCUCAUCGACUUUGUCCAACAACGUGAGCUACGACAAGAUAGCCUGGACUCGGGAUAUCACAGAACCCUUGGCUGAGGAGUCAUCUACAAGUCAAUUGCGCCCGCUGGGUACCUCGAUUCCAACCAAUUCGACGGCAUCGGAACUGAAGAAGUCCAACACUUCGUAUUCCUUUACUGGAGACUAUCUAUCUGGUGGCAAUAAGGCCGAUCUGAAGGGUGGCUAUCCAUUCGGCGGCACCGAUACGGACACAAAAGCCAACGAAAAGGACAAGGAGAAGGAACAUACCGCAGACGACUCACUCUACGAGUGCAACAUAUGCCUGGACACCGCCAAGGAUGCUGUGGUCAGCAUGUGCGGCCAUCUGUUCUGCUGGCCGUGCCUGCAUCAGUGGCUCCUGACGCGUCCCAAUCGCAAACUCUGUCCCGUUUGUAAGGCUGCCGUUGAUAAGGAUAAGGUCAUACCGCUGUACGGAAGAAAUAGUACACACCAGGAAGAUCCACGUAACAAAGUUCCACCACGCCCCGCUGGACAACGUACAGAACCAGAUCCUGUUCCCGGGUUCCCUGGAUUCGGAUUCGGCGACGGAUUUCACAUGUCUUUCGGUAUUGGAGCUUUUCCUUUCGGGUUCAUAACAUCUAGGCUCAACUUUUUCGAACCACGUCCACCUGCUGAUAUUAGAAGGCUACACGAAGAUGAACCCUGGGCCCUGUCAAAACUGUUCUGGCAUUUUGUCGUUUUUGUGAUAUAUGGGCUGCUCGUUCCAAUAGUGCACGGAUCAUCCCGAUAAGAAGAACCUAUAUUCAAAUGUCAAUGGAAAGCGUGCGAAGUAAUCAAAUAGCAGUAUCCUCCAGUUAAAUCAACAAUAUUGUUAAACUCGUUGGGCUAUAGUCGUUGGUGUGAUUAAUUAACAUAAAUUGUUAGCAUUCGGUUAUAAUUGUAAUUUGAGGAUUCGCAAAACAGAAGUGGAUUGGGUCCCAAAUUAUUUCAAAAAGUCUGCAAUACCCUACGACUUCAGCAUAAAAAACUGAAAUUUCGAAAUAAUUGGAUCGUAAUGAUUUAAUUCAAAUGUAGAUUUCAAAAAUUGUAUAAAUUUAUAUUUUAAAUUCUAUAAAACAUUAAAAACAUUUAUUUU